UACAUUUCUUGUUAUUUCAAGUUUGUUUCAUUGCUUGAUUCAUAAACAAUUAUUUCACAUUCGGCCUUUUUAUAAAACGCUUUAUUUUGGUUUUGAAGUUAAUAAAAUGAAUAUCGAUAAAUUGCCUGAUGACUGUUUAUUACAUAUUUUCAAUCUUUUAAAUCGAUUUGAUACUCUUCUGAAUUGCUCUAAAGUUUGUGAAAGAUGGAAAGUUUUGGUUCUUGAAAGGCUACGCAAUGUUUCAUAUUUAACAGAUGUUUACACAAAGGUAGACUAUCCUGCUGGCAAUACCAUAAUCUUUAAAGAUGAUUAUCGAUUUGAGGGAAUCCAAGUAUCAGAAUGGUUCCCUAAACUUAAGAUUUUAGCUAUUUACAGGAAUCUUGACGUAAAUUUUGUCGUUAAUUUAAAAGUCAAAGGACUUGUAUUGACAUCUUACAGCAAAAGUCAACUGGAAAAUGUUACUUUCCAUGAUCCAUCGCUUGAAAUGUUAGCGAUUUCGCACUUUUGUAGUUUUUUCGCCAACGAAAUCCAAGGACAAAUGCUGAAACAAUUGUACAUAACAGGCUGUAAUGUUUCACAUUUUGCAAGAUAUGCUAAAUAUUUUCCAAAUUUGAAGAGACUUCAUAUUGAUGAAUUCGUUCGCGACCCUUCCGAAGACACAUUUUAUACUGGACCUGUUCUCGAAAAGCUAGAGAUUUUAGAAAUAUGUUUCAACGCACAAAUUGAGCCAUGUGAUUAUUAUGGAUUCAGCCUUGCAGAUCAUUGUCCAGCUUUGAAAAGUGCCUUUCACUAUAUCGAAACUUAUCGUGAAUUUUUCGUCGACAGUGGAAUCAAGAAUCAUUUCUUAGAAGAUUUAGUUAUCGACUUUAGGGAAUUUCAAGAUUGGUCAGUCUUAAGACGCAUAUUGAGCAAAUAUCCAAAUCUGAAACAUUUGGCUUUUAGAGGAGGCGCAGAAAUAUCUGAUGAAAAUAUUCCCGAACUUUUACUGCUACUUCCUCGUGUUAUUUUCAUUGAUAUAAGAGACUCAGAACAAGUGACUGAAAAGUCAACUGAAUAUAUUGAUCGGUACUGUAGACAUCAUGAUCGUUCAAUUUCAUUUUAUUAUGAAGAAAGACCCGAAAUCACUAAAAAAUGGCCUCAUUUAACGGCUAAAGAUGUUUGUAUUGGUCAUGGAUUUGAUUUCAUGAAAUACUGUUUCCUCAGAAAUUAUGAUGACUUGCCACUUUUACUUGAUCCUGAUGAAUAAAGAGCGACUCAACGGUUGAUUUUGUCUUUAAAUUUUCCCAUAAUCAGGCCAUUUUCGGCUAUCUAAAUCUAAUCACCCUUUCAUUGAUCAAUUUAUUUUUGAUAAUACCAUGUCACAAUAUUGCCUGUGUAUCGUUUCAUGUCUAUGACUUUAUAAAGAUAUUAAAUCACCAGGAAAAUACAAGUAGCAAAAGCAAAUACAAUGUACAUAUGUAAUACUUCUGAUGUUUAACUUUUAAAACACGGAUAAUAUUUAAAAUAACAAUGUGAAUUUCAAAAAAAAUUUUAUAUGGAGAUUGAUUAUGAAGUUACAAAUAAACCCAUCUCCUGGAAUAA